CCAGUGUCCCACGCAGCUCAGACUCAGGGACGUGAAUCACAGAGGCAGUCAUGUUCUUGUUCAUCAGUUGUUUUGCCCUUGUGACCUCUGCACUGGGUUGUGGAGUGCCUGCUAUCAAGCCCCAAGUGAGCGGAUACAACAAGAUUGUAAACGGGGAGACGGCUGUGUCUGGGUCCUGGCCCUGGCAGGUUUCACUUCAGGAUGGUAGAGGAUUCCACUUCUGUGGAGGAUCCCUGAUCAACCAGUACUGGGUUGUGACUGCUGCUCACUGCCGCGUGUCUCCUAGAAACCACCGUGUUAUCCUGGGAGAACAUGAUCGUCAGUCCAACGGUGAGCCCAUUCAGGUCAAGAACAUUGCCAGGGCCAUCACUCACCCCUACUACAACUCCCAGAAUUUCAACAAUGACAUCACCCUUCUGAGGCUGUCUUCCCCAGUGCAGAUGACAUCCCGUGUGUCUCCUGUGUGCCUGGCCUCCUCCAGCACCAGCAUCCCAUCUGGAACUAAAUGUGUCACCACUGGAUGGGGCAAGACUGGCCAAACCUCAAGCCCCCGCUACCUGCAGCAGACUUCCCUGCCUCUGCUCAGCCCUGCUCAGUGCCGGCAGUACUGGGGUUACAACAGAAUCACUGAUGCCAUGAUCUGUGCUGGUGCUUCUGGAGUGUCCUCCUGUCAGGGUGACUCUGGUGGUCCUCUGGUCUGCGAGAACAGUGGAGUGUGGUCCCUUAUGGGUAUUGUGUCCUGGGGUACCUCUAACUGCAAUGUGCGUGCCCCUGCUGUGUAUGCCCGAGUGUCCUACCUGCGCAGGUGGAUCGACCAGACUGUUGCUUCCAACUAAUGUCAUCACACGUCAUACAACUAUGUUUGGUGCAUUUAUGAGAAAGCGUGCAUAAAAUUUUUAAGAAAACUA